AUGGAAAUGUCCUUCAGUGGUCAGGCUUUUCUUUUCAGUAAGCCUGACAAGUGGCGCCCUCGACGCAAAUUGCUCACACCAACAUUCCAUUACGAGAUACUUAAAGACUUUGUGGAGGUGUACAAUCGUCACGGAAGAACACUCCUUGGAAAGUUCUUGAAACAUGCAGAAGGUGGCCAAUAUGAGGACAUUUUCCACACAGUAACUCUAUGUACUCUCGAUGUGAUUUGCGAGGCUGCUCUUGGCAUCUGUAUCGAUGCCCAGAAAAACCCCAAAUCCGAGUAUUUGGAAGCAGUAUUUAGAAUGAAAGUUUUAUUACAAAAACGACAAGUGAAUCCACAAUACUAUCCUGAAUUCUUAUUCAACCUAAUUGGAGAUGGCAAGGAACAAGCGCGAUGUGUGAAGAUUUUGCAUGAUUUCACUGGAAAUGUGAUACGUGCACGCAAGGGAAAAGCUGAUGCUGCAGGAGGCGUUGACAAACUGCUUGCUUUGGAAACCGAACAAGGUAGUUUUGUGAAAUACCAACUAUCCCGUAGAAAAGGGAAAGGUAGCAGCAAAAUUUAUCCACCUGACGAGACUUGA